UUUGUUGUUUUUGUUUGUAUUCUUUACCGAAAUCAACCGAUUAUAAAGAUAGUGAAUUCUGCAUGCUUUUUAUCUUGAAAUCAAAUUAAAACGAAUAAACGGUUCAUUGUUUGAUAUUUGUUUACAUGAUCUCAUCUAAUAAAUUUGGUAUUUAAAUGUGCGCAGUUUGCGUAGUUUGCAAUUAGCAGGUGGACAUUUGUAGUGAAUUAAAGUUUCAUAUCCACUCCAGACAACGCAAAAUGAUCUCCCCGUCUGAUCUGAUGAGCCGCGUGGGCGUGGGCGGGCGGCUGGUGCCGUUCUUCAAGGCGGUGUGCGUGUACUUCGUGGCGGGCUGCGGCGCCACGCCCUCCGCCGCCGCCGUCGCCGCCAAGUGCGCGCCAAUCCUCUGUCUUCUCCUGUUCGUGUUGCUGCACCACGGCUCCGCCAUUAAACCUCAGGGGCGGUACGCGCGGCGCAUCGCGGCGGGGCUGGCGCUGUCGGCGCUGGGCGACGCGCUGCUGGUGUGGCCGCAGCAGCUGGUGGGCGGGAUGGCGGCGUUCGCGGCGGCGCACGUGGCGUACGUGGCGGCGUUCGGGCUGCGCGCGGACGCGCCGGCGCUGGCGGCGCUGAGCUACGCGGGCACGGCGCGGUACGUGGCGCUGCUGCGGCCGGGCGGCGCGCUGCGGGCGCUGGUGCCGCUGUACGCGGCGCUGCUGGCCACCACCGCGUGGCGCGCCGCCGCCGCCGCCGCCGCGCGCCGCUCGCGCCCGCGGCUGGCCGGCGCGGCGGGCGCGCUGCUGUUCCUCGUGUCCGACGCCGUGCUCGGGUACACGCUGUUCGCGGGGCCCGUGCCGCACCACCAGGUGCUGAUUAUGUCGACGUACUACCUGGGUCAACUGGGCAUCGCGGUGAGUGCGCUGGAGGCACACUAGCGGCGCCCGUCCGGAGCCCCCGGAGCCCCCGGCCUCCCCGGCGCGGCGACGUCUUCCUGGGCGAAGAGUCCGCGCAGACGCCCGGCUCGGAACCCUAUCGCUACUUCUCAAUCGUAAUCUGAACGUAACUGAUCUGUGCAAUGUUACCACGUAGGUGACUGUAGACGUGUACUCGUAGGGCUAACUUUAGUUUAAGCUUAAAUUGGUUAUAUAUAAAUCUUCCUUUCUUAGACUUAGUACAAUCGGUGUACGUACGUAUAUAUAGGUGUACAAAAAUGACCGCAGGAAUAACCAAGAGCCGGGUAGAAGUGACUCUGACCUAUACGCUCGACGCAGUUAAAUUAAACUCAUCAUUCAGUUCAGUUAGCGAGCGGUUGACUCGAUAAUGACGAAUUUAUGACCAUCUAAGUGAACGUACCAUUGUGGUUACUACAUACAUUAAAAAAACAUUGUGGCAACCCUACUUUACAGCGCAACAAUAACACACUAGACCGGUGUUUACCAAUUAGUGGUACGCGUACCCCCAGCGGUACGUGAAGUUGCAUCAAGGUACGUACGGCUAUCAGUAGAGCAAAUAUAUACACACACUCAAAAACUUUCACAUUUAUAAGCUUAACUGUAAGUUUAUAUUCUGUUAAUUAAAUAAAUAAAUAAAAUAAUAUUAGUGUGAUUGCUACAAUAAGGAAUACGCAAGGUGUGAGGUCUUUUUUGAAGUGGUGCGCAGCAAAAACUAAUUGGGAUCCAUAAUCAUCUGAGGGGAACAAAUAUAAAUGUAGUGGCAAUCAGCGCAGAUCCGUGGGUCACUUCUCACCAGCUCUUCGUUAUGGCCAUGUCGUCAUAGACACCAGCUUACAUAGAACGAUUCCCGUGUAAGUAGGGUGUAUAUUUAUUGUUCAGGGACGAGGUCUGCGCAAGUAUCUGUGAUAUGUGCUCGGUUACUAUGUCUUCUAAUUAGAUAUUUUAAAAUGGUUUGCUUUAUCGGGUCACCGUGUUCCAUAGAAGAAAGAGGGAAAUAAUCUUAUUGCGCAAGUGCCAAAGUGUGCUAAUAUUCCGGCUCUGAAUACACGAAGAUGCGUGCGUGGGGUCCAGUACCCGCGGGGUGAUCACAC